GAUAGUAUAUCAAGUGUUUAUAUCAACGCCUGCGCGUUGUAAUACCUUUAGAUGCAUGUGUACCCAGUAUUACAAAAUGAUUUGCACAUUAAAAUACUGAACACCUCAUAGUUAUGAAAUAUUAAUUAAAGUGGUCACAUUUGUAAUAAUAACAAUGGCCGACCAAGAUGCAAAUAAUAAUAAUCUUCCUUUAAGAGAAAAUUUAGUAAAAACUGCAGUGGAAUUUUUACAAAAUCCUAGGGUACAAAGUAGUCCUGUAGGACGUAAACAGGAAUUUCUUAGGAAAAAGGGUUUAACAGAGGAGGAAAUUAAGACCGCUUUUGAAUUAGCUUCUGUUGAUAGAAUGGUUGAUCAAAAUGUUGUUCAUAGUUCAAGUGAUUACACAGUGGUUCCUAUUCCACCACGCCAUAUGUAUUCAUACCUUCAACCACAUCCAUACCAAAUAACUCUUUUUCACAAAAUUAAAGAAUUCUUCAAUGCUACUGCUUUAAUCGGAGCUACUAUAUAUUGUGUUUAUUGGUUCUACAAGAGAUUCAUUGAACCAUUCCUAUUUGGUCGGAAAAAAAAUAAUAGUAUAAAAGACUCAGUCACAAAAUUAGAUGAAACAAUUCAAAAUUCUAUGAAAGAAGUAAAGCAAUCAAUUUCAAAAGUUGAGAGUGAUGUACAAAAGUUGACACAGAAUCAGUCUAUUGACCCAAUGAUACCUCAAUUAUAUAUAUAUAUAUAUAUAUAUGUGUGUAUAUCAAGAUUUCGAAUUUUAAACAGAAAGCAAUUUCCAAGCGUACCGGCGUCUAUACCAUCUAUAUCUAUACCAUCAUGGCAAUUAGAUGCUGCAAGUAUAAGUCAGGAAAAACCAACUGAACGAGAAGAUGAUGCUGGAAGUGGAAAUAGCGCUAAUAACUCAGAUAGUUCUCUGGAAAUGAUCCGUGAAGAUCCACCUAAGGUGUAA